AUGUGGUAUAAGAGUCAAACCCUCGAGCACGCGAUGCAGAGGCUAUUACAGACCUUCACGACGAAGAUCUCACCGGCACAGAGCAUGAAGCUGUUCACGGCGCCCAAGGCAUCUUAUAGAAACCGGACGGACCAUAUUAUGUACUUAACGGCCGUCAGUGAUGCCUGUGGUGGUGCAGACAGUCUUAUGCUUGACAACGUCGUUCAAUAUGCUGACCCACACAUGCGAACGACGAUGUCGUCCAGAUUGGACAUUCAUCGCACUGACUACCUGCGGCAAGCAGAAGAGCUGGCACAAUUUGCUCAAUCGACUGAGGUAGACACUCACUCGAAAAUUUUUGGUCGCGACGUGGUGAACGCUGUCGAGCCUGAAAAGGAGUUGAAGGACAACCUAAACCAAUAUCAUCACCCCCACGGACCGAUUCCCGGACUUGCUUCAAAUGUGGAGAAGUAG